AUGGACCGAACUCUACUUCAUGCCAGAGCAGUCAUCGAAGAGCUCGGAGACUUCGGACAUAUAAGAUCACCAGCUAAAUGUGCCGCGCGGAUUGGACAAGCGUUCUCUCAAACCUUGAGUGCGAUUACCAUCUCGGGCGAUGCCAUCAUGCGCAUCCCCGAUGUUGAGCGCAACGGGAGAACUUUCAGUGACGGCUGUGGUACAUGUUCACCAGAUGUACUAGCUCAAGUUUGGGAGGGCUAUAGAGGCGCCCGUGGACUGAAACCCACGAUACUGCAAAUUCGAUUCCAAGGAGCGAAGGGCGUGAUCUCACUCGAUUCGAGACUUCAAGGCGAGAAGCUUUGCUUACGACGGUCAAUGAUCAAGUUUGAGGGAUCAACGGAUACAAAUGUCGAAAUUUGCGGAGCUUCCAAUAAACCGCUGCCUAUGUAUUUGAAUCGCCAAGUCAUCAAAAUCCUGGAGGACCUGAAAGUCCCAAAUGAGCCAUUCCUGCGACUACAAGCCGCGGCGGUAGAAGAACUCCGGCAGACCACAGUAUCACCUCUUAAUGCCUCAACAUUUUUCCAUAGAAACCGCAUUGGGACUGCAGCUAGGCUCUCCUUUCUGAUCAAAAAGCUGUUCUAUUGGGGGUUUGACUUCAUUGAGGACCAUUUUUUACGUGACACUCUUGAGACGGCCGUCUUGGUUCAAGUGCGCGAGAUCAAAUACCGUUCUCGAAUUUUGGUUGGAAAGGGGUGGACUUUGUAUGGCAUCAUGGACGAAACUGGUAUCUUGAAAGAAAACCAAAUAUACUGCGCGGCACAUCUAGAUCAUGGCAUACAGGUUUUGACAGGCAACGUGGUAAUAACCCGGUGUCCUGCUCUUCAUCCAGGGGACAUUCAAGUAGUCGAAGCCAUCAAGGUCCCAGAAGACAAUCCUCUGUACUACUUACAUAACGUUGUCGUAUUCAGUUCAUACGGCGACCGUGAUCUUCCCUCCAAGCUGAGUGGUGGUGAUCUAGAUGGCGACCUUUACAACGUCAUUUGGGACCCUGACCUCUAUCCAAAACAAAUAUCUCCACCCGCCGACUACCCAAUCCCAGAGCCAAUCAAUAUUGGCCGGCCAGUUGAACGUGGAGACAUGACCAAACACUUUGUGACUUUCAUGGAGAACGACACCCUUGGCAUGAUUGCAACUCUUCAUCAAAUAUUGGCGGAUCAAGCGCCAACGGGAACAUUGGACCCUACGUGUAUCAAAUUGGCUGGACUCCAUUCCUCUGCAGUAGAUUUUUCCAAGACUGGUAUUCCGGUUUCACGCAUGGAGCUACCAAAAUAUCCCAAGGCCCGACCAGACUUUCAAGCUCCGGGUCCACGUGUGGUCAUCGAUAAGUGCGUGGGUUUUGAAGCAUCAGAGGAUCCGAUUGAUACCCCCAUAGAGACUGAUGAGAUGGAUGAAGCCAACAGCUUUGGUCCCCCGCGAAUUCGAUACUACCCAAGCAAUAAGGUUCUAGGAAAACUCUACAGAGCCAUCGACGAGCACAAGUUCUUUGCCCAAAUACAAAAACAGUCAUCACGAGUCGAAAAACAGGAUCACUCUUUGAUCGAAAGGGUCUGGCAAUACGUGUCCAAGAAGGCAGCCUUGAUCGAAUGGACGCAUUACACAGAUUUCGCUAAAACGGUCAAAGAGAAGUCAGCCCCCUCUUCUCUUCGACCCCCCUCCUUUCCCCGUAUCCAAAUCCACUCAGCCAACAUCAACUGA